GUGAACAGCUAAACCCUUGGGCUUGGGAAUUGACUAUAUUAAUGGGGUAUUGCCAUGAGAAAUGAACACAGAGCUUGAAAAAAACAAGCAUUAUUAUGGCAGCUAAAAGCUCCCUUUUGUUAGGUGUAGUAGUUCUGCUUUGGCUGGAUUCGAGUGUGUCACAAAAUGAAGAUAAUCCAGACAAAAUUCAUGUGUUUGAUAGUAGUUAUUUUCCAGAUGGGUUUCUUUGGGGGAUUGGCUCCUCUGCUUAUCAGGUUGAAGGCGCAGCAGAGAAACGGGGAGUUAACAUAUGGGAUACAUUUACCCAUGACUAUCCUGAAAGAAUAGCCGAUGGCAGCAAUGGAGAUAUUGCAGCUGAAUUUUAUUAUAAUUAUAAAAAUGAUACCAAAAGAAUGAGUAAACAACUAGGCAUGAAUGCUUUCAGAUUCUCUAUUGCAUGGGCAAGAGUAAUACCUAGUGGGAACAUAAAUGAAGGAGUAAGCGAGGAAGGAAUUGAUUUUUACAACAGAGUCAUCAAUGAAACUAUUAAAAAUGGAAUGGAACCUUUUGUAACUAUAUUUCAUUGGGAUGUUCCUCAAGAACUUGAAGACAAUUAUGGUGGCUUUAGAAGCUACAACAUAGUGUCCGAUUAUAAAGAUUUUGCAGAGCUUUGCUUCCAAAGAUUUGGAGACAGAGUAAAGUAUUGGGUGACUUUUAACGAACCAUAUAUUUUCACUACACAAGGCUAUGAUUCGGGUUGGAUGGCUCCAGGCCGAUGUUCGUCCUGGGUGAGUAGGGCAUGCCCUGCUGGAGACUCAGCAACUGAACCUUACAUGGUGGCUCAUAAUUUACUCCUUGCUCAUGCAGCAGCUGUUGCAACAUAUAGGGAACAGGGGUUUGAUGGCAUGAUUGGCAUAACAAAUGAUGUAACAUGGGUAGAUCCUUAUUCUCAAAGUGUAGAUGAUCACCGAGCAGUUUAUCGAUACCUUGAUUUUGCAUUUGGUUGGUUUAUGGACCCCAUAACUUACGGGCAUUAUCCAAAAAUUAUGCGAGAAAUAGUUGGAGAUCGAUUGCCAGUUUUCAAUAGAAGUGAAUCUAAAUCGUUAAAAGGGUCAUAUGAUUUUAUUGGUAUAAAUUAUUACUCUUCAAAUUAUGCUUCUGCAAAUGUCACCGAGGAUCCUAAUCCAACUCAUAUCAGAUGUACCACUGAUAUGCGAGUUAAUUUGACAGCAUAUAAUAUACACGGACAACCCAUUGGUGUACAGGCUUCUCCACCUUCAAUAUAUGUUGUCCCCCAAGGUCUUGAAAGUGUUUUGAAAUAUACCAAGGAUGUCUACAAGAAUCCAAUUAUUUAUAUAACUGAGAAUGGAGUUGGUGAUAAUUCGGACCUUUCUCCAGAGGAAGCUCUUAAAGAUGUCUGGAGAAUAUCAUAUCAUCACCAACAUUUGUGGAAACUGCUUAGAGCCAUUUGUGAUUAUGGAGUUAGAGUAAAAGGAUAUUUUGGUUGGGCAUUGAUAGAUGAUUUUGAAUGGUCAAAUGGCUAUACUCUAAGAUUUGGUGUGUAUGCUACGGAUACCAAUAAGAAGCUGAAGCGAACUCCAAAACUCUCUGUUAGCUGGUUUAAAGAAUUCUUAACAUAUAAACAUUCAACUGGCGGUCCCAAAUGCAAUACUAUAACUCUUGAUCAUUCUUCUUCUUGGGAGGACGAUGAAGAGCUCUAAAAUAUAUAUAAUGCAUAUUGCCCCCUUUUUUUUUGUAUCUCUCGACUUGUGUAAUCACGGAUUUCCUCCGCCAUAAAUGAGGCUAUUAAUAAAAAUGGGUGACGGUCCCAGGCUUCCUUAAAAAAAAUGCUAUUUAUAUAUUUGAAAGAUGUAAUAAUCUUUGAAAUAUCAAUUAUACCUAUCAUGUUAUUCAUGACUACAAUCAAUUGAAUUUUAUCAUG